AUGGGCUGCUGCGGAGACCGUGAGAAAGGCCUCACCGUCGCUGAGGAGCAGAAGUGGGAUUACAUCACUCUCUCUGACUUCAAGUCCUCAUCCUGCCUUACGCCCUUGUCGUACGUUUGGUUGUGGAUCCUUGUCAUCAUUUCGGGCGCCGUCUACGCUGCCGAUGCCUUUACCGCCGUCAAUCUUCUUGCCUUUAACAAAUGGUCGAGCCAAGUCAAACCGAAAGUCGACUUCAACAUCACCAAAUGGAUCUUUGCCGUCUGCAUCAUCGUCUCCUACGUCUUCUUGAUCUACCGAUGGAUUCGCGCGAUCCGCGUCAUGCGCGCUGGCGGAGUCGCCGAGUGCUAUCUCGAGCCACUUGCCGCUAUCUUCCAGAGUUUGCGAUUGACCAAGGAGGGACAGGGAUGGCGCCGAUUUUUGGUCUUCGCCGAGUUGACUAAGAGUAGAAAGGGCGUGGACUACAUUGCCCUCUUUGUCUACUUCCAAUUCAAAGGUGCUUUGAUCAUUGUUCUGGCACAAGGCCCUCGCAUUGCCAUCAACGGCCUGACGCUGUGGGCCGUUAUGCAAGCCCAACUCAUCCCCGAGGGAGAACACGCGGCGCCCAAGGGAAAAUCGCCUGUCGCACAGUUCUUCCUCAAUAUUGAAACUAUGGUCCAGCAAGGCAACAAGCAAGAGACGGUCAUCUACUUCACUAUGUUGUUCUCCUUGGUUAUUUGGGUUAUCGCCUUCCUGUCGCUGUUCUUUUCGGUCCUCUUCUAUGUAUUCUUUCUCUGGCACUAUGUUCCCAAGGCUGACGGAAGCCUUACGCAAUACUGCCGCAGAAAGAUCGAAAGCCGUCUUGAGCGCAUUGUGAGCAAGAAGAUCAAGAAGGCCCUGGAAAAGCAAGACCUGAAGCGCAAGAAGGAAGAGCGCGAUGCAUUGAAGAACGGAGGCGCAGAGGCCCGCAUGCCCACCCUGCCGAAGCUUGGGAGGGAUCGACGACGACACCUCCUCCAUGUAUUCGGGUGUCACGGGCGUCACACGAUCAGACACCAUAAGCACUUCGACCACGCUCCCACCGUAUUCUUCAAACGCCCCGUCACGAACAAACACGAUGAGCACAAUGAGCACGGCGAGAACGGCUGCCAUGAAGCCAUCCCUGCCCUCAUUGUACGAGAGGCCUGUACCUACGCGUUCUGA